AUGUCCUCGGAUUCCGGUUCCGACAACGAUGAUCGAAACCCGAACGCGAUCCUGACUCCGAAUACGGGUUCAAUGGAUCUUUCGCUGGAUGCAAUAAAGAAUCAGUUGGAAUCAAUAUCAAUUACAUCCCAGGUCGAGAUGAGAUCAUUUGAUCAAGAAGAAGAGCAACUAAUGUUUACCAAUGGACUGUUGAAUGAAGAAAGUGGAUCAAAAGUAGUGGAUGAAUUCGAAGGGGAGCUAAGCAAUAGUGAUUUUACGGCGGAAUCGUCUUCUAGGGUGAUUAUGAGCUCGUCGUCAGUUUGGAAGUACGAUACUUUAGAGGCGGAAGAAGUGGAGGCACCUUUUAGUCCGAGUAGCAGCGGGUAUGCAGGCGAGAGAGGGAGUGUUGGGAUUGAAUCCCACAUCGCCUGUGGAUGUUGGGCUUGCAUAUAA